AAAAUCACGUCACAUAAUAAGGGCUCCUGAUGCGGCGCUGCUGCGCCUUGAUUCAUUCAUAAUCCAUCAUUUGCUGAUGUUACCUGUUCAGUGAGCAAUGAAGGGACGGAGCAAAGCGCGCGUCACCGGCGCCGGCACCAAGUUUCGCCUGCUGAUGUGGAAGAACUUCCUGCAGCAGUGGCGGCACCGCGUCCAGACCUGCGUUGAGGUCUUACUGCCCGUGUUGACCCUGGCGCUGGUACUCAUCCUGCGCUCGGAGAUCGAACCCACCGUAGAAAGCGUUAUGACCUACCCGGCAUUACCUGCGCACACAUUGAAUUAUUCGUUAAGUGUUCUCGCAGGCAUGAAUUUCAGUCAGUUGUCCAUCGCAUACUCGCCUGAGAGCCCCGUCCUCGAAAGAGUGAUGAGAAGGGCGACUACUAAAUUAAUAACUCGAAACCUACAAGGCCUGAUACAGAUUAUACUAGAUCAAUAUCCGGACUAUGCUGACAUGAUACCACCCGAUCUAGAAUUACCAGAUUUAUCAGAAAUUAAUAUUAAUGGAACACUUAUUACUGAGAUUAUUGAUAGAAUCGUUGGGUUAAGAGUGUAUGCUUAUAAUAGCAGUGAGAGUUUGAGAAGCCUGUAUUCGUCAGAAGAAGUAACAAGGCAUGUUAUAGCAGGGGUGGAGUUUGAUGAUGAGCUUACUGGCGCCACCCAGCUCAGCAGUAACUUACGAUAUUCCUUGAGAUUCCCGGAGAGACCGAGGCAGUUUGCGUUUUACUCGCGAGGGUCACAGUCGUGGCACACCGACAUGACGUUUCCAUCUUUUCAAAUUCCCGGCCCGAGGAACCCGUAUUCUUGGGAAGGUGGCAAUAAUCCAGGAUACGUCAACGAAAUGUUCAUAGCGAUUCAGCAUUUAAUAUCGAUGGAGCUUGUAGCUGAAGUCACUCAACAGGACUUUUCCAACUUCAGCGUGGCUAUACAGAGAUAUCCCCACCCUCCUUACGUGCUGGAUUUGGCCGUAGAAGCUUUGCAGUUCCUGAUGCCGAUGUUCAUAAUGAUCAGCUUUAGCUACACUGCAGUAAACAUCGUUCGCGCCGUCACUGUUGAAAAGGAACUGCAACUUAAGGAAACGAUGAAGAUUAUGGGGCUUCCCACUUGGUUACACUGGACAGCGUGGUUUUUUAAACAAUUUAUUUUUCUCCUGAUCAUAGCGAUUCUAGUUGUGAUUCUAGUUAAGAUAAACUGGUUUACGAACGAAGAUGGUUUUAGCGAUUAUGCUGUGUUUACCAAUACACCAUGGUCAGUGCUUCUCUUCUUCUUACUGUUGUACUUUGCCUGCACGAUAUUCUUUUGUUUUAUGAUCAGCGGGUUCUUCUCUAAAGGUAGCACAGCAGCCUUAUUCUCUGGAGUGAUCUGGUUCCUGACGUACAUACCGGCUUUUGUGCUACUAAUGGACGUUCAGGUCUCAUCGGCUGUGCAAGCGGUCUUCUGCCUCAGCAUCAACACCGCCAUGGCGUUUGGAUUCCAGCUUAUACUUGCUAAAGAGAAUGGUGGAGGCAUGCAAUGGGGUCAAUUCUGGGAAGUGACCGACCUGGAUUCAAAUCGUUUCAUGUUCGGAACCGUGGUGGUCAUGCUAGUGAUCGAUUGCGUGCUGUACAUGCUGAUUGCCCUGUACUUGGAGCAGGUGCUGCCCGGGCCACACUCAGCUCCUAAGCCCUGGUAUUUUCUGUUCCAGAAAAGCUUUUGGUUGCCAAAUAGAAAAAUUAUGGCAGGUGAGUUUUUAAGAAAAUCUUGUCAACAGAGAGAGUUUCAGAACGUAGUGGCUUCAUUAAUCUUACUUCGAUACUUCAUUUCAGUUGACGCUUCAGUCGAUUAUAAAGAUACUCCAGAUAUCAUUAUGGAAAAGGUUUGCAAUGAGCACACCAUCGGAGUUAAAAUGACGAAUUUAACGAAAGUUUACGCGAAAAACGUGGCUGUCAAUGAUUUGUGCCUAGACAUAUAUGAUGGACAAAUCACCGUUUUACUUGGACACAAUGGCGCCGGAAAAUCAACUACCAUUUCUAUGCUAACGGGCAACACAGAAGUAACUAGCGGAUCAGUGUGGGUGGCGGGGUACGACAUCUCCCAGCAAACAGCGGCUGCCCGCGCCAACCUCGGCUUUUGUCCGCAGCAUAACAUACUGUUCAAUGAACUGACGGUCAGGGAACACCUGGAAUUCUUCGGCAGACUGAAGGGUUUCACGGGCCAAGACCUUCAGGAGGAUAUCGAUACGUUGAUUACAAAGUUAGAGCUGGAUGAGAAGCGUGAUUUCCAGUCGGCCGGACUCUCCGGAGGACAGAAGCGGAGACUAUCGGUUGGUAUAGCCCUCAGUGGAGCACCACGGGUGGUGCUGCUCGAUGAGCCCACCUCCGGCAUGGACCCAGCGUCUCGGCGUGCCCUCUGGGAUCUACUACAAAAAGAGAAAAUGGGGCGGUCCAUGAUCCUCACAACUCAUUUUAUGGACGAGGCGGACAUACUUGGAGAUAGAGUCGCUAUAAUGUCGAGCGGGCGUCUACAAUGCGUUGGCUCACCAUACUUCCUCAAAAGUCACUAUGGAGUGGGCUACACGCUGGUGGUUGUCAAAAGGGAAGGCUUCCAACUUGGAUCUUGUACGGAGAUCAUUGGGCGACAUAUACCGGGAAUAACGAUCAAGGAAGAUAGAGGGACCGAAGUGACAUACGCUUUAACUAACGACCACUCGCAUUUCUUUGAGGCAAUGCUAAACGAUUUGGAGGGGAACAUCGAUACCGUUAAAUUUAAAAACUAUGGUCUCACAGCUACUACCCUCGAAGAUGUUUUUAUGUCAGUCGGCUCCGAUGUGGCUCCCACCGCUUUUGACGAUGUGGAAACUAAUACGUCUGGAUUAACUGACGAUCUAACAGCGGACAUGGAUAUGUUAUCAAUGGAUCAAAUGGACAAGGAACAGGACAUGCUGCGUGGGUGUCGGCUCUGGGUGCAACACGUCUGGGCCGUCUGGUUUAAGCUGUGGCUGGUGUGGUCGCGUUCGUGGAUGCUGCUACUGAUGCAGGUGCUAGUGCCAUUGCUUAUGAUCAACAUGACGCUUGGGAUUCUCCAGUGGGUCAUGUCGGUGCAGCCAACAGUUAUACAGAGGGCGCUGACGCUUGAACAAGGCUUUGUAGAAACUGAAACAGUACUGUCUUACAAUGGUACUUCGCAAAACUCGCUCGGUGCACUCGCCAAGGCCGCAUACGAGUAUAUGUUCAGUUCGAGUGAUAUUGAAACUAUGACGAUUACAGUCGUGGAGAAUGAAGCCGUCAAUGACUACUACUUGUAUAGGACUAAUGAGCCCUCGCAAAUGGCGUUUCUACGAAGCCGAAUGCUGAUCGGAGCCACGUUCGACGAGGACUCUGCCACGGCUUGGUUUAGCAACUUCGGGUACCACGACGUGGCGAUCUCGCUGAGCGCCGUGCACCAGGCUCUGCUGAAGGCCUGGGACCCGAACGCCACUCUCAGCGUGUUCAACUAUCCUCUUGAAGUUAAUUAUGUGGAUCAGAGCAACAUGAUGUCCUACGUUGCAUAUCUUUCCAUGCAACUUUCGUCGGGCAUAGCAAGCAGUCUUGGCAUCGUGAGCGCAGUUUUUGUUAUGUUCUAUAUCAAGGAACGCAUUCUUCGAGCUAAGCUCCUUCAAAAGGCCGCCGGCAUCCAGCCGGUCGUCAUGUGGGGCAGCGCCGCGGUGUUCGACUGGGCGUGGUUCUGCAUCAUCGCUGUGACAAUCGUCAUCUCUUGUGUAGCCUUCCAGGUUAUUGGUCUCAGCACGGUUUCGGAAUUAGGUCGCAUGUACCUAGUUCUCAUGGUGUACGGCGCCGCCAUGCUGCCGCUGCACUAUCUAAUGUCGUUCCUGUUCAGCGGGCCUGCGAUGGGCUUCGUCGCAGUGUUCUUCAUUAACGUGUUAUUGGGUCAAAUGGGUCCACAAAUCGUGGAAGCACUGCUCUCUCCGCAGCUGGACACGGAGCACGUGGCGGUGAUCCUCGACUACGUACUGCAGAUAUUCCCGCUCUACAGUCUCGUCAGAUCCAUCUCAUUUCUGAGCCACGUAGGCUUGACGGAAUGGUCGUGUUUGCAAGCGUGUGAUUACCUAUCAGCCGUUUUGCCCAUCGGCGAGUGCUCCGUGCAGACCAUGUGCGAUUAUAACUACACUACUUGCUGCGUACGCGACGCCCCCUUUUUCGAGUGGGAAGAGCCCGGCAUUCUGCGCUAUGUGACUUGCAUGUUGGUCUCCGGCGUGGUCUUUUGGACCGUGCUCAUGUUUAUUGAGUACGAUGUAUACCACAAGAUCUUUAACUGGACGAAAACCCCACCGCCUCUCGACGAAAGCUCCAUGGACCCCGACGUUGUAGCCGAGAUGAAACACGUCGAGCAAAUCAGCAACUCUAACUUAGCACAGCAGAGCCUUGUGGCAAAGGGGCUAUCGAAAUAUUACGGGAAGCAUCUGGCUGUCAAUCAGGUUUCGUUCACGGUGGCAGAUGGGGAAGUAUUUGGUCUCCUGGGAGUGAACGGCGCUGGUAAGACGACUACCUUCAAAAUGCUGAUGGGCGACGAAAUUAUCUCCAGUGGAGACGCCUUCGUGAGUGGCUACUCUGUAAAAACAGAUAUCAAUUCUGUACAUGAGAAUAUAGGGUACUGCCCGCAGUUUGACGCGGUUUUCGGCGAGAUGACGGGCCGGGAGACCCUGCAACUGUUUACCAUGCUACGCGGGCUGCCGACCCAGUACGCCUCUAUGCGCGCAGAUCUGCUCGCGGACUCGCUUGGCUUCACCAAACACCUGGAUAAGCGGGUAGAGCAGUAUUCGGGAGGCAAUAAGCGGAAACUUAGCACGGCUAUAGCGUUGCUUGGAUUCACACGACUUGUAUUCGUCGACGAGCCAACGACGGGAGUAGACCCUGCAGCUAAGCGACAGGUAUGGCGUGCCAUUCGCGGCGCGCGGCGCGCGGGGCGCGGCGUGGUGCUGACGUCACACAGCAUGGAGGAGUGCGAGGCGCUCUGCUCGCGGCUCACCAUCAUGGUCAACGGCAACUUCCAGUGUCUCGGCACGCCGCAGCACUUGAAGAACAAGUUCUCGGAAGGAUUCACAUUAACGAUAAAAAUGAAAAUGGACGAGGAAAGUACGGACUCGAUAGCUGGUGCGCGCGGCAUUGCUGCAGUAAAACGUUACGUAGAGACCAAUUUCACCGCUCCCAAGCUAAUGGAAGAGUACCAAGGCCUGCUAACUUACUACCUGCCCGACAGAAGCGUCGCCUGGUCCAAAAUGUUCGGCACAAUGGAACGCUGCCGGCAACACCACGACGUGGAGGACUACACCAUCUCACAAACCACGUUGGAACAAAUAUUCCUGCAGUUUACAAAGUACCAGAGAGAAAUGUCGGAAAGGUUAUAGUAUUCGUUCGACGAUGAAUUUGUGUAGGUACUUAUCAAUGC